GUAUGUUGCCCUACAUUGCCACUGGGGCUCCACCACAGGUUUACACUUGAGCUCAGAGCUCAUUGUGGAUUAAACAUCAGCUGAACGCAGGACCCAGCCGAACCCUGACCCAGGUGAACAACAUGGCAGAGUGCGGAGCAGAAGGUGAACUACCUCAGAGGCGUCUCGGCGCGAAGGAGCAGCAAAACGGAGAGCUGACAGACUCAGAGCUCGCUGUGGAGGACAGGAAGCAGAGGGACAGGGAGGAGCGUGAAGCCCUGGUGUUGUGGAAGAAACCUCUGCUCACACUCCACUACUUCACUCUGGAGCUGCUCAGCACUCUGAAGGAGUGGAUCUGCAGGCUCUGGCAGCAGAGGCAGACGGUGGUGGGCCUGCUGAUCCUGCUGAUCCUCCUCUCCAUCGCCUAUCGCAUUGAAGGCACACACCAGAAGUAUGUGCGCUACAUGGAGAAGAAGACGCUGUGGUGCGCCUACUGGGUUGGCCUGGGCAUCCUCUCCUCUGUGGGUCUCGGCACCGGCCUGCACACCUUCCUCCUCUACCUGGGACCACACAUAGCAUCAGUGACUCUGGCGGCCUAUGAAUGUGGGUCUGUGGAUUUCCCCGAGCCUCCCUAUCCGGACCAAAUAGUCUGUCCCCAGCAGGAAGCGCCGGCGUCAGGCUCUGAUGCCGAACAGCUGGGCGUGGAGGGCGUGCAGGCCGUGGGCACUGACAGGGUGGUGGGGUCGGCAGCCCUCCAGGGAAGCAUCACUCUCUGGACGAUCAUCUCAAAAGUCCGGCUGGAAGCGUGCAUGUGGGGUGCAGGUACAGCUAUCGGAGAGCUUCCUCCCUACUUCAUGGCUCGAGCGGCGCGCCUGUCCGGAGCUGAACCCGAUGACGAGGACUAUCAGAAGUUUGAGGAAAUGCUGGACCAGACAGAGUCCGCACAGGACUUUGCAUCUCGAGCUAAAGCAGCAGUGCAGAAGCUCAUCCAGAGGGUCGGCUUCUUUGGGAUUCUAGCCUGUGCCUCUAUUCCAAAUCCCCUCUUUGACCUGGCAGGAAUAACAUGUGGACACUUUUUGGUCCCGUUCUGGACUUUUUUUGGUGCGACGCUCAUCGGGAAAGCCGUCAUCAAGAUGCACAUUCAGAAACUGUUUGUGAUCGUCACCUUCAGCAGGCACAUCGUGGAGCAGAUGGUCUCCCUCAUCGGAGCUGUUCCACUGCUGGGUGCGGCACUGCAGAAGCCCUUCAGGGAGUACUUGGAGGCCCAGAAGGCCAAGCUUCACCAUCUCCGUGGAGAGGGGAUCCCGACUGAGGAGAACUGGCUGUCGUGGCUCUUUGAGAAGGUUGUGGUCAUCAUGGUAUGCUUCUUUGUCUGCUCCAUUGUCAACUCCAUGGCUCAGAGCUACGCCAAGCGCAAGCAGCAGGAGAAGUACUCGGAGAGCAAGACGGAGUGAAGGACAGCUCCGGAUCACGCUGGACCAUCAGCUUCAGAAGCUUCCCGCCGCUCCUGUCCUCAUCUCCUGGCUGAUACCCCCCCACACUAUCUGAAGCACAGUGUCGGCCCCAUCUGGUUUCUCUCCUGUUGUUGUAGCAGCAUGUUUAUGUUGAACUUGGACUUCCACUUACUUGUUUUUGAAGGCUUUGCAUUUGGUAGUGAUUGUUCCCUGUAAGGUAGGUGUUCGCUGGGGUGAGUGUGUGCGAGCUGUCGUGUUGUUAAAGUGGAGCUUUCAGCAGCUCCUGAGCACACGAGAAGAAGCUGCUGGCAAUAAGUGUCCUCAGUAGAGCCUUAAGCUGCACUGUCUGUGUCACUAGAACCACCUUAAAGCCUCCAUAGAGUCACUGUAUGUGAAUAAGCUAGGAGUGUUUAAUGUUGUACAACCAGCGCAGUUAUUCGUUCAAUAACUUAUUUAUUUAUGAUCUACACUUGCCGGGUUAAUAAUAAGACGUUGUGUAUUAAUGAUGUACUGUAGGGUUGCUGUCCUGUGGUUAGAUAAGACUGUAACCGGACUUUAAAUACCCGUGUUCUGCUCAGAGCCGGGUCACUUCUCCACACGGUAGAGCUCAGCUGUAGUAGAGAUGUUAGCGAGUGCUGCCGACUGUACGUGGUGCUCAGGACCGCCACUUCUUUUGUGUGUGCCGUAGAGCUCGUCGUAGCACUUUGGGAUGAGAAAUGAUAAAUCGGCCAUGAAUCACCCCGCUGGUCCCUUUGUCUGCCCUUAUUGUUCUGCUUCCAGGAAGAGAGCGCAUGAGUCAGCCCGGGGCUACUUUACCAGAUGCAGCCGUGUAUUGAAUCAGAUCCACAACUGAGUGUGUGUGAGACGGAGAGCGAGACGCAGAUAGUAGGUUGUGUGGCCGCCACAUUUGUUGCUCUCCCUUUUAUCUUUUAUGGAUUAAAGCAGAUUGUGCUCCACUAAUAGACUCUGCCUGGAAGUGUUAGUGGCAGAUAGCAGCCUCUAACUCCGAGGCAUGUCAUGAUGAGUGUUCUUUGUCUUCACUUGUCCACGGAGCUUUUUUCUUUUUUUUUUUAUCCUUUUUUCCCCAGACGAGGACAGCGAGCUCAUGUUUGACUUUACAACAUUUUACCUGCUUGAUCAAUUCUAAUUUUUUUCCUUUUUUUUGCUGGAUAACGUCAGCUGGCUCUCCGUAUGUGCAACUACCUUCCUUUUUUUUUCCAUAAUUGCCAGUGAAAUGUGCUAUUUUCUUCCUCCUCUGUACCGCUGCUGUGCUACGCUGGACUGAGCGCAGUGGGCGCUAGAGCAGGCACAAGCGGCAGAGGGAAAAAAAAAAAAAAAAAAAAGCCUCAAGCGAGCGCACAGUGAAAAGCGUCUGUGCCGUUACCUCAGCUGAACCUUCGAAUGAACUCGUUGCACUGCCCCAGUCACGGAGCCAGGAGACGAAUCACUCGAGUAGAUUCAAAACAGAGGGGUACUGUUGAGCGGGCUGAACCCUGCGCUCUGCACCAGCUCUAGUCAGAACAUUCACAUCUCCUCUUUUCUCCUGUCAUGGUAAGUAGGAUUAGGAUUCUGUUUUUUUUUUUUUUUUCUUUUUUUUUUUUUUUUUCUCUUCUGCCAUUGUUGUCGUUUCUGUACAUGCGUAUGUCUCAGGCAUGUCCGUCACUCUCUCGGCCUGUCAGAUAGCUUAUCAGACUGGUGUUGGCUGUUAAGAUUGCAAGGCGACAACAGUCUGUAGGCUGUCUGACAUUUCGGGCUCUUUCAUCUGACCAGCAUCCUGUUUUGUCCUCCUUCUGUUACUGUCAUUGUUUCAGUUAGCAUCAGUUCCCAUUUAGAGGUGUGUGCGCUGCGAUGUCACUUCCCUUUAUCCCAACCGCUUGUGAAACGUCGGAGACAUGGGCCUAUUGUUUAUUUCCGCCACGCUGACGUCUGUGAGGGUUUAUGUGGGUUUAUGUGAGGAACUGUGCUCUCGCAUGUUUGCAGAUGUAGUGAUGUCAGUAGUGUACUUCUGUAUAUACGUGUGUGUGUGAGAGAGAGUUGGCUGUGUGCUCUUGAAUUUCCAGAGAAUCCAGACAGCACACACCUUAUUGCAACACAUCACAUUGUGACAGCCAGUCCUAGGUAUGGUACACGCAGUGCUCACCAGCUCUCCCCUUCCCUUUUACACUUCCCUCUUCUGCUGAACUGAGGACUUUCUUCUGUUGCUCAACACGCACUCUUUCUGUCGGAGCCUGCGUUUUAUUGGAUCAACUCUCUUGAGAGGGUGUUUUUCUAAGGGCCACAAAUUGGUAAUUAUACAAUGCUGAAAAUCAUUGCUUGACCAGUGGGUGCUUUCACCACAAAGCCUCAGAUUUUAUUUUAGUUCCUUCUUUCUGUAGAAUAGAGCAAAAAGGGUCAAACUUUUUUCCCGGUCACUAAAGCAGAAUCAGUGGAAUGGCUCGCUGGCUUAAAGAGUGUUUUUCUUGGCAGUUUCAGGAUGUCCUGUUCCAUAAGGGGGACCCCUUUUGGCACGACUGUGUGGAUGUGAGAGCGCAUGCUUGUCUAGAAACUCUGUUUAUGUUUCUGUGUGUAAGUGCCUGUGUUUCUUGUCUGUACCUGGGUUAUUUUAAAAGUCCACGCACUGUACGAUUUCUCUGCUUUCACUAUAAAUAAAGUGUGUUGAAAAGAG